UAGGGGUUCCCCCCCCCCCCAAACCCCCCGGGACCCCCCCCACCCCCCCAUGGACAUGCUCGACCCCGGGCUGGAUUCGGCCGCCGGCUCCGCUGCCCCCAGCCACGAGAAAAGUCAAGAAGCUGAAGAGGGCGUCGACCUGCAGGAGGGGGAGGGGGCGCCGGGGGAGGAGGCGGCGGUGGCCAUCGCCAGCGUCCCCGUCCCCGUCCCCGUCCCCGGGGCCUUCGCCGACGCCGGGCUCCAGUACCAGUUCCGCACCGAAAGCAACGGCGGCCAGGUGACGUACCGGGUGGUGCAGGUGACGGAGGCCGCGCUCGAUGGCCCCGAGGGAGCCGCCGUCAGCGUCGUCUCCACCUUCGCGGGGGCCACCCAGGCGGUGAUCCAGAACCCCUUCAGCAACGGGGGGAGCCCCGGGACCGAGGGCGGCGCCGAAGCCCGAUUCGCCUGGGGGGGGGACGGGACCGUCUCCGUGCAGGGGGACCCCACUUUGGCCCAGGCCGGAGGUCAGUUUUACGUCAUGAUGACGCCGCAGGACGUCCUGCAGCCGGGGACCCAGCGCAGCAUCGCCCCCCGCGGGCACCCCUACUCCCCGAAGCUGGAGGGGCCCCGGGUGCCCCGGGACGAACGACGUCGGGCGCAGCACAACGAGGUGGAGCGCCGCCGGCGGGACAAGAUCAAUAACUGGAUCGUGCAGCUCUCCAAGAUCAUCCCCGACUGCGGCGCCGACAACAGCAAAACGGGGGCGCAGAGCAAAGGGGGGAUCCUCUCCAAAGCCUGCGAUUACGUGCGGGAGCUUCGCCAGAGCAACCAGCGCCUCCAGGAGACCUUCAAGGAGGCCGAACGCCUCCAGAUGGACAACGACCUCCUCCGCCAGCAGAUGGAGGAGCUGAAGAGCGAGAACGCCGUGCUGCGGGCCCAGCUGCAGCAGCGGGGGCUGGAGGGGACCCCCGAGGGCACCCCCCAGUGACCGCCCCUCCCCCACACACCCCCCACCCCCCCCCCGGGGGCACCCCCACCCACCGGGGACACACCCCUCCCCCCCCCCCUUCUCCCCUCCCCCGCACUUCCUGAGGACAUAAUGCCCCACCCCCACCUACCCCACCCCCACCCCCUGCGGGGGGGGGGGGGGCACCAGGAAACCCCAUGGGGACGCUGCCCCUCCCCCACCGCCUUCGGGGGACACGCCCCCCCUCAGGCCACGCCCACCAUGGGGACCCAUCCCCCCCCCCCCCCUUCCCCCCCCCCCUCGGGUCUCCCCUCCCCCACUUCAGGCAGGGGGGGGGAAGACACCACAAAGCCCCUCCCCCCCCUUCCUCCUUGGGGUCACCCCUCCCCCCUCAGGCCACGCCCACCUUGGGGCCACCCCUCCCCCACCCCAUU